AGGUAUGAUUUUGGAAAACCGCCAGUAGGUCGGCCCCCAAGACCUGGAUUUGAACAACCCUGCAAGAUUUGGAGACUGGCUAAGCCAUUCUAGAACCAUGAAAUGCUUUUUAUGUAGCCACCAAUUUGUUUCCUUAAUGAUGUGUUUGGGAUCCAGUCAUGUUUAAUCCUCAAUGUUCUCAAAAAUUGAUUUAUUUUUUUUAUUAUUUUUUUUUACCAAAAUCUGACCAUAUUCUGACCCCAUUCAUCCUUCUUAAAUAUGGAUCAGUUGCCCUAUCGUCUUUGUAGAAAAGCAGGCCCAAAUCAUGAUGUUUUCACCCCCAUGCUUCACACCUUUAUCUAGUGACUUAGUACGUUAACAGAAAUGCAGUGUCUUAGUCCCAUAGCUGCACAUUAAGGCAGUAUUGAGCAUAUUUUUGUUGUUUAACCACAGCAUGAUAUAUUUUUGCUGAAUGUAACUUUUUUUUUAGUGAUGUUCUUGACCAAAGAUCCAUUUUGAUUUGAUCUGACCUCAUGACAUUCUCCCAGUCCUCCUCUGGAUGACCUAGAUGUUCUCUGGAGAACUUUAGACAGGCCUGGAGAUGUAUGAUGACAUGUACCUGGCUAUAUCUGAUGAACAUGACACACAUCUCCAGCCUGUUUAACAGGAACAACUUGCAUAAUCAGUAAGAAAAAAACAUUUUAUCCAGCUGUAUAAUCCAUUAAAAAAAAGGUUUAAACAGAAAUUUUCAAGAAAAUGUUAGCAAAUCACACAUUCUCUGUUAAAGUAUAGAUGUUUUAUUAAAAAAAAAUGCACAAAUUUAUUCACGGAUAAAAAAUUACUAAAUGAAAAUCUCACAACUACAUAUAAAAAAUCUUAAAAAAAUAAGCUGAACAUGAAUUAUUCUCAAGGAUGUAGUUGAUCACGAUAAGCACAAAAAAUAAAGAAAUAUUUCAUGACACAUUUAUUGUAGAAGUGUCUUCUAAAUUUUUUAAUAAACCUAAAAAAACACAAGAUUUGCAAAAUUUAAAGCAUGCCAGAAAUCAUUAAGUGAAAGGUAAUAGUUUAUUUCAGAAGGAAUAAUUAUUAUUAUUAUUAUUAUUAUUAUUAUUAUUAUUAUUAUUAUUGUAAGUAGGACUAUAGUAAUUUGUCUUGGACAAGAAUUAGUCAAAUUUUACCAACAUUCAUUUAUUGUUAAACUAAACAUAAUUGCAGGGCAGGAUUCUUUCAAAGUAAGAGUCAUUUUUUGAAAAAAAAAAAAAAAAAAAGUCUAUUAUUACUGGAAAUAUCUAUGUGGAUUAUGCAAUAAAUUGAAUGAUAUAUGUAGAAGUUGCGUGCAUGUAUUCGUCAUUGUAAUUCGGACGGGGGUGGGACUUGACUCUGGACCGCAGAAGCGACUCGCACUCAUUUCCUCUCCAGCCCACACUUUACUGACCGACACACAUCUGACACAGCGUGUGAACUUGAGCCGGGCGCAAUCGGAGGAGAGGGCUCCGCCUUUACCAAUCCUUUCAAAAUAAAAGCUCGCAGCUGCUGGGUGAGGCGUGGAUGAUGGGUCGUGUCGGGAAUUGCUGGCUGCUGCUCCUUAUGUUGAGUGUUUACGCGAGUGGGACAGAGCUGGAUGGCGAUGAUGAAGCCUCCUGCGACGGAGCGUUUGAUGUUUACUUUGUUCUGGACAGAUCAUCAAGUGUGAGAGACCACUGGCAGGAGAUGUAUGACUUUGUGAAGCAGCUCACCAACAGAUUUGUCAGUCCUCGGAUGAGGAUCUCCUACAUCGUCUUCUCAAUUACAGCAGAUAUAGUUCUUCCUCUAACUGGAGAGAGGUCCACAAUAGACGCAGGUCUGAGUCAGCUGAGCGAAAUCCAUCCCAAUGGUGAAACGUUCAUGCAUGAAGGCUUAAAAGCAGUGUCAGAGCAAAUGAAAAAUCAGACCUCAGCUUCAACAAGUAUUGUUAUAGUUCUGACUGAUGGCGAGCUGGAAGUUUACGUCUAUUCACUGAGUGUGGCUGAGGCGGACAAAAUCAGACAGUUUGGAGCCAAAGUUUUCUGUGUUGGGGUCAAGAACUUUAAUCACCAACAGCUUUCUGAUAUUGCAAACAAGAAGGUUUUUCCACUCUUGUCUGGCGUUCAUCCUCUCAAAGAUGUCGUCAACAAGGUCCUGGAACAGUCGUGCACCGAGGGUUUCAUCAUAGAACCGUCCGUGGUGUGUUUGAAUGAGUCCUUUGAAGUGGUGUUAACGGCGACCGGCUUCAACAGACCCAAGAGGAUCGACGUUUUUUGUUCACUUUCCAUCGACAACGUGACUCACAUUGAGGUGCCCAAAGUGGCCAGUAAUGGUGAUCUGCUGUGUGCAGCUCCUACUCUGUAUGAGGUUGGACAAUCACUGCAAGUUCUGGUCAUCCGAAAUGACAGUAAAACCAUCAUCUCUGGUCCAACACACAUUCGUGUUGUUAGUUGCUCAGAUGCGACCUGGGUGCUGUGGUUGAUGUUGGCUCUACUGCUGUUGUUCGCUCUGGCUUUAAUGUGGUGGUUCUGGCCCCUCUGCUGCAAUGUGGUCAUUCGGGAUCCACCCCCAUCCCGCCCCCCUCCUCCUGACCCAGAGGAAGACCUACUCCCCAAAUACAAGUGGCCUGCUGUGGAUGCUUCUAACUAUGGAGGCAGAGGCGCUGGUGGAAUCAAACCCAUGAAGGUGAACUGGGGGCAGAGAGGCUCCACCAAAGAGGGAUCUCGACUGGAGAGAGCCAAAAACGCUUCCAUCAUCAUCACAGAGGAAGAGGAGGAGUCCGGGAUUUCUCAGCUUCCUCCUAAAGGAACUGCGGCCCGCGCUCCCCCACCCCAGUCAAAGUGGUACACUCCAAUCAAGGGGCGUGUCGACGCCCUGCUGGCUCCACUGAGGAGGCAGUACGGCAGGGUAGCCAUCAUGAGGCCUUCGCCUCAGGACAAGGGUCGCUGUGUGAACUUCACCCGAGUUCGGACUCGCUGAGCUGCAAGCUCCGAGAUUCAUUCAUAUUUCUACUUACGCCUUUAGAUGAUCAACCAGUGCUUUCUGUACAAGAUAAAGUCAUGCGUUUUCUAAAUAAACAGCUCCACUGGUGGUGGUUUGAA